AUGGCUACCGUUUUCGAAACGAACGAUCCUGAUGCGAAUAAUGAUAGUUACGACCUCGUGAAAAAACACCACGGGGAAAUUAUUUAUGAGGCGAGUGGUUUCGUAACAAAGAUUCACCGCAAGGAUUCUCAGUUGAAUCGGCGGGUGGUUAAUACCUAUACCGAUUUAUGGAAAGAGGACCGAAAGGAUUUGUCCAAUAAAGAUGAGACAAUCCAAAAAAGGCGGGAACAAGCUCAAACCAUGACAAAUGCAUUUUACGAUAUCGUGACGGAUUUCUACGAAUAUGGAUGGGGCGAAUCCUUCCAUUUCGCUCGUACCUACAAAGGAGAUACUUUUGAACAAUCGAUUAAACGUCAUGAGCAAUUUUUGGCUCUGAAACUCGGGUUGAGCGAAAAACAUCGCACUCUGGAUGUUGGCUGCGGUGUUGGUGGCCCAUUGCGUGAAAUUAUUCGAUUAUCAGGAGCGCACGUUACUGGUCUCAAUAAUAAUGGAUAUCAGAUCGAACGAUGCAAAGCAUAUGCAAAGAAACUCGGUUUGGAAAGUAAAACUGACUAUGUCAAGGGUGAUUUCAACAAUAUUCCACGUGAAUUAGAUGGGAAAUUUGAUUCCGCGUAUGCGAUGGAAGCAUGCGUUCACUCGCCGAAACUUGAAAUUGUCUAUGGCGAAGUGUUUCGAACAUUGAAACCUGGUGGUUUGUUUUGUACUUUUGAAUGGGUCACCACCUCUAAAUAUGAUGAAAAUAACCCCGAACAUAAAAAGAUUAUCUUCGAUAUCGAGCAAGGUAAUUCUAUUCCAUCGCUGAGCUCAUACAUACAAGCUCUUGAGGCUGCCAAGAAAGUAGGUUUCGAGAUUCUCGAAUACCAGGAUCAUGCAAUACUAGAAGAUAGUAACGAGCCAUGGUUCAAUACUUUGAAGGGCAGCAUAUCUUUAGACGGAUUCAGAAAGUCUCGUGUUGGCAGAUGGAUUACCCAUAAAUUUGUGGCUUCCUUGGAAUUGCUGCAUUUGGUCGCGCCUGGUUCAACAGAUGUUGCUAAUUUAUUGAACAAUACUGCUGACGCGUUGGUCCUUGGUGGCGAAACGGGAAUUUUCACGCCAAUGAUGUAUAUUCUACUCCGUAAACCAAAAGAUGCCUAA